UGGAAAUGACGCUCGGAGCUUUAAUUACCGCAGCCGCCGGACAAGUGUGAGGAAAGCUGACAGGCAAAAGCACAGGCUGGGGAGCGAAGCCAGAAGCUCUCCCCCACCCCCCACCCCCCUUUUUGGACUCCCAAUUUGGACUGGAGGUACAAGGAAACUGAAAAAGGAACCGAACAGAGCCCGGCUCCGGGGGUGGAGAGGCCGGAAACCUACCGCCUCUUUGCAAUCAACUUUUUUUUUUUUUUUGGAAACCUUGCUUCCCCCCACCCCCCAUCCCCUCCUCCCUUUUUCUCCCCCUCUUUUUUUUAUUGUUGACCAACCAGGGAGAGAGAAAGUGAGCCGGGAGCGAGCCAGCCGAGGCUCCCCGGGGCAGGAGCCGCGCAGUCGAGCCCCGAGCCCCCCGCGCACACUCUCGAGCGCACUCGCACCCGCGGGCGCCCCGCCGGCCCCGACUCCUCGCACCCCGCGUCGGUGCCCUUCGCGCCGCCCGCUCCGCACGCCCGUCCGAGGGGGGUCGCCUUCCUUCGCGUGCCCGAAGCGGGGGGCUAUGCCAUUUGGACAUGUAAUGGUCAGCACGGGAGCCGAGACUUGCCCACGAUGAAGCUGGCGACAGGACUGUGGGUCUGGGGGAGCCUUCUGGUGGCCGCGAGGACCGUCCAGCCCGGCGCUUCUCAAUCAGUGUGUGCUGGAACCGAGAAUAAACUGAGCUCUCUCUCUGACCUGGAACAACAGUACCGAGCCUUGCGCAAGUACUAUGAGAACUGCGAGGUAGUCAUGGGCAACCUGGAGAUAACCAGCAUCGAACACAACCGGGACCUCUCUUUCCUGCGGUCUAUUCGAGAAGUCACAGGCUACGUGUUAGUGGCUCUCAAUCAAUUUCCUUACCUGCCUCUGGAAAAUUUACGCAUUAUUCGUGGGACAAAACUUUAUGAGGAUCGAUAUGCAUUGGCAAUAUUCUUAAACUACAGAAAAGAUGGAAACUUUGGACUUCAAGAACUUGGAUUGAAGAACCUGACAGAAAUCCUAAACGGUGGUGUUUAUGUAGACCAGAACAAAUUCCUUUGUUAUGCAGAUACAAUUCAUUGGCAAGAUAUUGUUCGGAAUCCUUGGCCCUCCAACUUGACCCUGGUAUCAACCAAUGGUAGCGCAGGAUGUGGUCGUUGCCAUAAGUCUUGCACUGGCCGAUGCUGGGGACCCACAGAAAAUCAUUGUCAAACCUUGACACGGACGGUGUGUGCAGAACAAUGUGAUGGCCGGUGCUACGGACCCUAUGUGAGUGACUGCUGCCAUCGAGAAUGUGCCGGAGGUUGCUCUGGACCCAAGGACACAGACUGCUUUGCGUGCAUGAAUUUCAAUGAUAGUGGAGCAUGUGUUACUCAGUGUCCCCAAACUUUUGUCUACAAUCCAACUACUUUUCAAUUAGAACAUAACUUCAAUGCAAAGUACACGUAUGGAGCAUUCUGUGUCAAGAAGUGUCCACAUAACUUUGUAGUUGAUUCCAGUUCUUGCGUGCGUGCCUGCCCUAGUUCCAAGAUGGAGGUAGAAGAAAAUGGAAUCAAAAUGUGUAAACCUUGCACAGAUAUUUGCCCAAAAGCUUGUGAUGGCAUUGGUACAGGAUCACUGAUGUCUGCUCAGACCGUGGAUUCCAGUAACAUCGACAAAUUUAUAAACUGCACCAAAAUCAAUGGGAAUUUGAUCUUCCUUGUCACAGGCAUUCAUGGGGAUCCUUAUAAUGCAAUAGAGGCCAUAGACCCAGAGAAAUUGAAUGUCUUUCGGACAGUUCGAGAGAUAACAGGUUUUUUGAACAUACAAUCAUGGCCGCCAAACAUGACUGACUUUAGUGUUUUUUCUAACCUGGUCACCAUCGGGGGAAGAGUACUCUAUAGUGGCCUCUCUUUACUUAUUCUCAAGCAACAAGGUAUCACUUCUCUACAGUUCCAAUCUCUGAAGGAAAUCAGUGCAGGAAACAUCUAUAUCACUGACAAUAGCAACUUGUGUUAUUACCAUACUAUAAAUUGGACAACUCUUUUCAGCACCAUCAACCAAAGAAUAGUGAUCCGGGACAAUAGAAAAGCUGAAAACUGUUCUGCAGAAGGAAUGGUGUGUAAUCGUCUGUGUUCCAGUGAUGGCUGUUGGGGACCUGGGCCAGACCAGUGCCUGUCAUGUCGUCGAUUCAGCAGGGGACGGACCUGUAUAGAGUCUUGUAACCUCUAUGAUGGUGAAUUUCGGGAGUUUGAGAAUGGUUCCAUCUGUGUGGAGUGUGACCCCCAAUGUGAGAAGAUGGAGGAUGGUCUCCUCACCUGCCAUGGACCGGGACCUGACAACUGUACAAAGUGCUCUCAUUUUAAAGAUGGCCCAAACUGCGUGGAAAAAUGUCCAGAUGGCUUACAGGGCACAAACAGUUUUAUUUUCAAGUAUGCUGACCAGGAUCGGGAAUGCCACCCAUGCCAUCCAAAUUGUACUCAGGGGUGCAUAGGCUCAAGUAUUGAGGACUGCAUUGGCCUGAUGGAUAGGUGUAGCGGUCCCACUAGUCAUGACUGCAUUUACUACCCUUGGACGGGCCAUUCCACUUUACCACAACAUGCUAGAACUCCUCUCAUUGCAGCUGGAGUUAUUGGUGGACUCUUCAUUUUGGUCAUCGUGGGCCUAACAUUUGCAGUUUAUGUGAGAAGGAAGAGCAUCAAAAAGAAAAGAGCAUUGAGGAGAUUCCUGGAAACAGAGCUAGUGGAACCAUUAACUCCCAGUGGCACAGCACCCAAUCAAGCUCAACUUCGAAUUUUGAAAGAAACUGAGCUCAAAAGAGUAAAAGUUCUUGGUUCAGGUGCUUUUGGAACUGUUUAUAAGGGCAUCUGGGUACCUGAAGGAGAAACAGUGAAAAUUCCUGUGGCUAUUAAGAUUCUUAAUGAAACAACGGGUCCCAAAGCCAAUGUGGAAUUCAUGGAUGAAGCACUGAUCAUGGCUAGUAUGGACCAUCCACACUUAGUCCGGUUGUUAGGUGUGUGUCUGAGCCCGACCAUCCAGCUGGUUACACAACUAAUGCCACACGGCUGCCUAUUGGAUUACGUCCAUGAACACAAGGAUAACAUUGGAUCACAAUUGCUGCUUAAUUGGUGUGUCCAGAUAGCUAAGGGAAUGAUGUACUUGGAAGAAAGACGCCUUGUUCAUCGGGAUUUGGCAGCCCGUAAUGUCUUAGUGAAAUCUCCAAACCAUGUGAAAAUUACGGACUUUGGACUAGCAAGACUUUUGGAAGGAGAUGAAAAAGAGUAUAAUGCUGAUGGGGGAAAGAUGCCAAUUAAAUGGAUGGCUCUGGAGUGUAUACAUUAUAGGAAAUUUACCCAUCAGAGUGACGUUUGGAGCUAUGGAGUCACUAUCUGGGAAUUAAUGACCUUUGGAGGAAAACCAUAUGAUGGAAUUCCUACCCGAGAAAUCCCUGAUUUAUUGGAGAAAGGAGAACGUUUGCCCCAGCCUCCAAUUUGCACUAUUGACGUUUACAUGGUCAUGGUCAAAUGUUGGAUGAUUGAUGCUGACAGUAGACCUAAAUUCAAGGAACUAGCCGCUGAAUUUUCAAGGAUGGCUAGAGAUCCUCAAAGAUAUCUAGUUAUUCAGGGUGAUGAUCGUAUGAAACUUCCGAGUCCAAAUGAUAGCAAGUUUUUUCAAAAUCUUUUGGAUGAAGAGGACUUAGAAGAUAUGAUGGAUGCUGAGGAAUACCUGGUCCCACAGGCUUUUAACAUCCCACCGCCCAUCUAUACUUCCAGAGCAAGAAUUGAUUCAAAUAGGAGUGAAAUUGGACACAGCCCUCCUCCUGCCUACACCCCCAUGUCAGGAAACCAGUUUGUAUACCGAGAUGGGGGCUUUGCCGCAGACCAAGGGGUACCUUUGCCCUACCGAGCCACCACCAGCACCAUUCCGGAAGCUCCAGUUGUUCAGGGUGCUUCGGCUGAAAUUUUUGAUGACUCCUGCUGUAACGGAACCCUCCGCAAGUCGGUAACACCCCAUGUCCAAGAGGACAGCAGCACCCAGAGGUACAGUGCUGACCCCACAGUGUUUGCUCCGGAAAGGAAUCCACGGGGAGAGCUGGAUGAAGAAGGUUACAUGACUCCGAUGCGAGACAAACCCAAACAAGAAUACCUGAACCCUGUGGAGGAAAACCCUUUCGUUUCUCGGAGAAAGAACGGAGACCUUCAGGCGCUGGAUAACCCUGAAUAUCACAACGCUUCCAGUGGCCCCUCCAAGGCGGAGGAUGAGUAUGUGAAUGAGCCCCUGUACCUCAACACCUUCGCCAACACCCUGGGCAACGCCGAGUACCUGAAGAACAACGUACUGACGGUGCCCGAGAAGGUCAAGAAAGCGUUUGACAACCCCGAUUACUGGAACCACAGCCUGCCGCCGCGGAGCACCCUCCAGCACCCAGACUACCUGCAGGAGUAUAGCACAAAAUAUUUUUAUAAGCAGAACGGACGCAUCCGCCCCCUCGUGGCCGAGAAUCCCGAAUACCUCUCUGAGUUCUCCCUGAAGCCCGGCACUGUGCUGCCUCCUCCCCCCUACAGACACCGAAACACUGUGGUGUGAGCUGGGCAGAGGUGUGUGAAGGUGGAGAGACAGGCCCGCUCUGGAAGGGUCCCUGCCAGCCGCCUCUCUUUCUCUUGCCGUCUUCCUUCUUUGCCGAAGGCCAGUCGUGGUGAGGCUUUCCAGUGGGAAGCAGGACACUGCAGUGAGGGUUGCGUGCUUAGCUAACCUGAUGCCUAGAAGGAUGCACUGAAAGAGAAAGACAGGGGAAACCACCCUUGUUUCUUCAUUUCUCUGCAUGGGUUGGUCAGGAGACUGCAACAGCUAGAGAUGGCCAGCAAAUGCAAGGCAGUGCUGCCUGCUGUCAAAUCAGUUCUCCACAUUUCUGUCUUUCAUUGAUUUUUUUUUACCCCCCCAUUUUUUUUUUUUAACACGGAUGCUUGGAAGACACGUGUUCUUCUGUUCCUUUCUGUAGGAACUAAUGUACAUACUUGAGCAUCUCUGGAAAUCCUACUAAUUUUCAUUAAAACAGAAGCAUAUGUAUGUAAAUAUUUCAUGCUAGUUAUUGAGAUUAAACAUCAAAUUUUCAAAUAGUUUUUAUCUGGACAAGCUAAAACUGGUCGACUCAGCUUUCAUAAUGUUUGACUCUCCAUCUAAUGAAACUAGUUAUGUUUGGAAGGAUAUUUUGUUGGUUGGUUCUUCCCUAUUAUCUUUGCUUUGGUAUGCCCAUAUAUAUAUUUUUUCUCCCUUUUUUGGUUUUCAUUCCCAAUGGCAAAUAUUUUUACUUCAGAGUUUCUUCUUGUGUAGCUAUAAAUUGAUCGGUUUAAAGAGAACUAUUUUAUAGGAUGAAUGAUGACCACAAUUUUAAAUAUGGUCCUUUGAAGGGGAGGCCAAGACAUAACUCAUAUGUAACAACACAUCUAACUUUCAUGUUUUACAUGAUAUAGUAUGUACAUUUCUUUCAUUAUUUUACAUUCUUUGACACAUUCUUCCUUAGAAAUGACAGACAGUACUUGAUAGGCAGUUAGUAAAGUUAAGAGUAGAUGAGAAGCUAGCAGUUUUGUGUGGUGUAUGAAACUACUGAGACUCUCAGAGGUGUCCAAUGGGAAAUCUCUUGAACUGGAAGAAACACACUGGAUUGGGUAUGUCUACCUGACAAAUGCUCAGAAAUGUAAUUUGCACUUAAGCGAUAAUUUUAUUACUUCACUUUCUGAACUCCAUUUUUUUGGAUAUUGAAUGAAGCAAUAUGGAAGCAACCAGCAAAAUAAUUUAAGUACAUUUGAAAAACAACAGAGCUAAGCUGUCAAGAAAAUACUAUGGAUAUGCCAAAACAAGCAAAUUAGGACUUUGGAACAAAAUACAGGGGGUGUUAUAAAAGGCCAGCACAGUAUCUACAUGUGAUAUCACUUUUGCUGCACAAGGAAAGUUGUCUAGUUUGUAUACUCCAUAAUGGUGAAAUGUAAGAAUGCAUUGGCUAAAAACUCAUGGAAUUCCCAGCAUGAAACUUAGUCACAUCUAGUGGAAGGCAACUCUGCACAUAAAUUGAUAUAUUGAAUAAAAUUCCAAACUCGUAACUUAUAGGUAGGUCAUUGGGUCCGAUGUAGUAAAAACACAUAAUUUUUUCAGGUAAUUAUGUCAAUAUUCAUCAUACUAAUCUUUUGAUAAUUCAUAUAUAUUUUCAAAUACAGCAUUUAGUUUUAGAAUGGUAUUUAUUACAUAUCAUUGGGGGGAAAAUAUCAUCAUUUGAGUUCAAAUAAGUUAUGGGAACAAGUGGCAAGAAUAAAUCUCCAGAAAGAGGCCCCAAGUUAGUAAUUAUGAAAAUUGAAUAGAUGUAUCUUUUCUAUGAAAUUAAUUCCCCAUUUAUUAAUAGUUUUAUAAUAUUUUCUACUCUUUAAGUUUGGUGUCAUUUCCAAGUAGAUCAAUAAUUGGUAAAAAGAAGUAUAGAAAGAAAAUUAAGAGAAAUCUAUUUUGGAAACACACAUUCAUUAUUCAUCUAUACCAUUAUUUUUUCAACUGACAAAUACUUAGAGUCUACUAAAAACAGUUACACAGGUAACACCCAGUUAAAUGCAAUCUGAUCUCAAUCUUAAAAUUUGUGUUGCUUGGAUGUAUUGGGAUGACAUUUAAAUCUCUUCAUGAAUUCAAGGCGUCAGAUAGCAUGCUCUAGACGCGAGUACUAUAAAAUCAGCUGUUUUUAAAAAGAUACCAAGUGAACUAAUUUCGAACAUGAAUUAAAUACCCACACUUUGUUGAAAGUGACAGAGACGAAGUUUUAAUGUCUUUAUCCAGACACAAACUGAUCUAAAAGGAUAUUGCAUUGCUGACAAAGUAGCACAUCUGGUUUCUAACUUCCGACUCUUAAAUCAAGAGCAAAUACCAGUAGGUUUGGGCUAAGAAACAUGGAGAGACAGGGAUUGGACCAUUCAUAAAUCCUGAAAAGUGUGGAAACUAAAAUAGUGAGGUAGAUCAAGGGAGAGAUUUGUAAAGUUCCUUCUAGUGAAGUUCAACCAUGAACUUCUCAGGGUUUACAAUAGUUCUUAGAAUAACAGUUCUGAAAUCUUCCACAAUUCAGAUGAAUCUCCAGGGAAAACUGACAUCUUAUUGGAAAUUAUGGAAAUUUGGGCAUUAAUCUCAGUUUCUAUAAAAAUUGGUUCUAGAUAAUAAUAGACAGCACCCUUACUAAAACUUCUGAUUAAAAUCUUCAUGUGAGUUUUUCCAUAGAUGUAAAACAGUAUGGCUUAUUUUGAUUAAGGGAAGAAAAUUAUUUUUUACAUGAAAGCAAUAAAAAUAUAUUUAAUGAAUUUAGUCUCUUUCAUUCUAAGAGCAUAAGUCCCUUAAACAUAAAUAAUAUCCAAUUGAUAACAGAAGAUAGAUCCAAGUAUAAUUCAAAGCUUCAUAAGACUCUAUUUUUCCUUUGAAUGAGUUCUGCAAUACAUAAUUUAUUUCAGUUGUUUUAGGAUUUCUCUUUUAAGUUAUUUUUGUUUCUCUACUACAAAAACAUAUUGCAGAAUGUAUGUAAGGAAGAAAAGGUUUGCUUCUUCCAAAAAUAUUGUAUUCCACACAGUAGAGUGAAAAAAAAUAUUAAAGCCAAUUAAGCCUAUUAAAUACUUUGCAAUAUUGGAUUCUAGAGGCUGGUGGUAUGAAUGCAAAUAUCCCAAAUCAACUAAAUUAACUUGUGGAAACUUAAUAUUAAAGUUACACAAAUUGUUUUAAAUCAGCAAAUUCUGUGGCUUAGACAAACCUUGGGGGAAUCAUGAAAAAUAUGUCUCUCUCUUUUUUUUUUAAGAAAUACUUAUUAAACAGGUAGAAAAAAAUUCUCCUUUAAACCAGUUGCGGCCCAGAACUUCAAAGCUGUCUGCAUCACAGAACAGUGCUUAGAGAGUUGAGCAAUGGUUAGGUUUCUAAAUAUUAGUAAUACAGUUUAGGUUUAAAGUUAUUUCAAAAAGUAAAAUUUUUAAAUUUUUUAAAUGCUAAUGCAACACUAAAUUUUUUUAUUAAAAUAUACAAAACUGAAAAUAAGAAAUUCUUAGUUGACCAGGAAAAAGUACUAACUAUGUGUAACUUGAGGGAAGAGAUAGUAUGGUACAUGUUAUAAUGUGUUUUAAGGUAUGAAUAACUUCAAAAGGCAAGGCAAGGCAUAAUGUAUGCAUAUGUCCAAUGAGGAAGACAAACUAGUAAUAAGACUGUGAGGUUUUGCUGCUAGAUGAAGUUGAAGAUGUGAUUCAAUGUGCUUCUUGAAGUGUCAAAAGUGAAAAGACAAAUAAAUCACUUAAGCCUGACAGGGAAGGAUGUAAAUAGAAGUUUUUUCUAGAGCUAUUUAACCCUUAUUUCAAAACUUGAAUUAUUCAUUCAUUUAUAAUUGUUGAUUAUUUAACUAGUAUAAGUAGUUCAUAAGGUCAUAGAAAAGGUGAUCAUGAAAACAUGUAUAUACCUGGGCAGAGCUAUGAUAAUGCUGUAAGUUGUAGAUUUAGUUAGGUUAUUAAAUGAUUUAAUAUUAUUAAAGAAGUCAAAAUAGAAAAUCAACCACAAAAAUGUAACAUAAUAAAAUAAAAUCCAGGAUAUGAAAUAUAGGAUGGAUUAUGAGUAGUGAAAAAUAAGUUUGCCUUUUAAAGUUGUUAUUUGUUAGGUUUAGCUGAAAGUAGGCGUAUUAAGAGCUGGUUAAACUUGUGAAAACUUGCUUUAAAAGCAUUACAAUGAAUUUUUUCUCAUUCUCUUAUUGCUUUACUAUUUCGAAGUGUAUGAUACAUAAGAAGUAAUAUUUUAAAUUGAUUUUUCAAGCACCACCUUGUAGGGCUUAACAGGCAAGUACAUUAUACUUGACUUUAAGGAAGAGGAUUUUAGAAUGAAGUGAAGGAAAUAAAAAUAUCCCAUUACUUUAUGCAGGGACAAACUAGGAGUAGUGACAUUUAGUAAACCAAUAAAUUGCCUUUAAUUUGUGACAUAUGUUUUCUUUUAUCAUAAUAACCUCAUGUAUAAAAAACCUAGUUAUCAAUAUUCUGUAAAAUGCUAAAUCAAACAUUUCAAACUGCUCUUUAUUCAUGAUUUGAGUUCUAGUUCUAGAUUGGUCAUUUAACACCAAAUGAGAACAAAUGAGAAAUCCAGAUGUCUAGGCUUCUAGUUGUUACCUCCCAGAAAAACUAACUUCUACUCCUUGUGCUAUGGGCAGAGAAUUUGGCUGUGCUUUCUCUCUCUCUCUCUCUCUCUAUAUAUAUAUAUAUAUGUGUAUAUAUAUAUACAUAUAUAUAUAUUAUACCUUGCAGGACAGUUUCAUAUCCAUGGAGUCAUAUAAAACAGACUCAUUUUCCAAAUUGCCUAAGAAUGAAAACGAUACUCAGAUCUAGAGUGAGUAUAAUUUUAAAUUAAUGUCAGUGGAUUCCUUGAUACUGCAACAGAGCUAGCUUUGUUCUUCUACAUUAAGUGAAUACAAUUUUUCUAGUCCUAGAGAUGCAUUUGCUGAAGUAGGUUUCUCCACUGCAAGUGUGAUCAUGAAACUUGCAGACACCAGGUUGGGUUAAGAACAUGUGCAUCUAGGUGGACAAGUGACUUUUAGCACCAUUGGCUGCUUAAGUUCUUUUAGUAAAAGGAAUAGUUUCUAUAAAACAGUCAAAACACAUUCUGUUCAAGUUCCAGAAAUUUUAGAGCAGAUCAACAUAUAGGAUGUGUCACAGUUGUGGACCCUAGUCUCACUCCUCCUGAGCCAGUUGGUAUUUUCAGCAGAAGCAAAUGCCUCUCCAGUCAUGAGUGGAAAAACUCCAAACCCUCCUUUAGUGAGGGUAUUCACAUAUUUUUUUUACUAGAAAACACUCCAUGAUUAGCAAGUUGUCUUGUUAGAUAGAAAUCAAAGGACAAAUAAUUUUUCUUAGACCUUAGAGGAAAAUGUCACCCUUACUUCUCUUCCCAUUAACUCAACUGCCUCCAUUCCCUUCACUUUUAUGCCAUCCAGGUUCAAAGUAACCUUUCUGAUGCUGUAUCUCUUAAGCCAUAUUGGAUCUCUGAGGUCCCACACCCAGCUCUGUCAAAUAAUGACUUAGCUUCUGCCCUCCAAUGCCUGACUUUUACAUAAGAGUCUGCAAUCUGGACAUUGAUUCCCAUUUUUUUCCCAAGUAAAUUCCUGCACAGAGUAAACUUCACAAUACUAAAAAGAGUUUUGCCAUGGAUGUCAAAUCUUUUAAUAUAUCCAUCUCUGUAAUAUUUGAUAUAAUUCAAUCCUGUGAUGAAUUUUGAAACUCAAUUGUACUCACAUUGCAUUCAUAGUCUUAGAUUUAGUCUUUCAAACACAAAAAUCCUAAGUAACUGACAAGGUAGUUUGGUCUGAAAAGUUAUUUUAUUUAUCUUAUUUUAUUUCUGAAUACCAAUAUUUUACUGUUGGUAUAUUUUUUUCACAAGUGAACUCUUAUCAGCAAGGUAAAGGCUAUUAUAGCUUUGAGAACCACUUGUAAUUAUUAUAAUAACAUUGACCGGUCUAAUAUAUAGGAAGUGCAGUUUCACUGUAAUAAAAAUUUAUCUUGUCAAAUAAGUUGCAAUGAUUUUUAUACUUUUCUCUCUUUAAAGACAUUUUUCUUUCAGUGUAAUAGUGAGUUCUGUCCAUACAACAAGAAAUACUACUUAUAUUUGAACAAGUAUGCAAAUAUUAGAAAACACAGCUUCAUACCUACCUAUAGGCAAUAGUUGAACUUAUCCAAGCCACUUUGCCUUUACUGCUAUUUUCAUCCAUUAUGUGUAGAUGUAUUUCCCCAGGCCAAUGGCCUUUUGAAAGAUAGCAAAUGACAUCUCUGAUAUUCUAUAUCCCAGUUUCAAAUAUGAUUUCCAGAUUUUUUAGUUAAUGGGGGAGGGAAUUUGUUCCAUUUCCCUAGUGUGAGUCAUUUUCCUGUAUAUUUCUGGAUCUCUCAGGGGCUGGGAGGGAGGGAGUGAGGGAAGUACACCUUAGCACUCCAAGAACCCUUUGGGGAUUACUCCAGUAAUCAACUAUGAAAGUUAUUUUCUAAAUGUAGAUAUAUAAGCUGUUCUUUUAAAGUAAGGUACUUUGAAAUAUGUAGCAUAAAUUGGUACUGCUGUUAAAUGGGUCGAUUAUUAAACUGAGCAGCUGUGAGAGGGCAGCUAACUUUGAAUGCACAACCUCGCUGCUGUGUCUGUAGCUCAUGAUAUGACCACCAGGGGCGCCAUUUUUGCAUGCCAAACUGCAUUUCACACAGUAUGACUUCUUUCGUCUCUUCUCGAUCACCAUAGUAGCAAAUCAAAUGAAAUCGAGGUCAGUCUGCUUAAUAAUUCAUAGCACAAAUAAGUCACCUGAAAUCUCUCCAAGCUCAUCUCAUGCCCGCAUCAAAGUAGUUGACUAAGAUCAGUGCAGGCGAUAAAGGGAGACACUAUAUUGAAAAGGCAGAGGCUUAAGGUAUUAUAUACAUUAUAUUUGUAUUCGUUUCUUUAUGUUUUUAAUUUGUAAACAGAAAACAAACCCUUUUCUCUUAUGAAGUAUUUUCAAAGGAUAGGGUGCAAGAAUACCUAGCUGGCAAGCCAUCAAUGUUUCAUUUAAAUCCCUGUGUUCAAAGUUAGCUGCCUUUUUGAAAUAAACAAAAAAUACUACUGUAUGUUUGAAAAUGUGAAUAGUAUUUUUAUAGCUUGUUAAAGACAUGGCUAGUUGCAUUUGUAAAUAAGGGUAAUGUUGCUUUGAUUAUCUUUUGUGGACACCUUUAUUUGGAACAUAAUUGUCUUUAGGGUUGAUUUGUAUAUAAGUAAUUGGCUCGUGAUUGUUUCCUUUUUUGGUUGAAGUUAUUUUGACAUUACUUGUGAUUCUGUGUUCAGCACUAUUGUGAUGUGUCAACCUCUGCACUCGCUUACACAAUAGGAUAUGCCAAUUGUGUGUGGUGUAUUUUGAUUUUUUCUAUUUUAUCUAUGAAGGAUUAUGCACUUAACACAUACUAACUUUUUUAAUGUUAGGUAUAUUUUUAGUAUAAUUUCCCUUAUUCUUUCUUCUUCUCCAACCCUACGUCCCAUUCUCCAUCCCUUCUCCCAACUUCUGUCGUUAUUUGAGAAUGAGGGAUAAACAGUAUUUUAAAUUUCUGUAAUUAGGCUUUUCAGUUACUUCUCAAGGAUCCUCUCUUGGCUCUUGGGAAAGAAUUGUACCUGUACAAGGCAAUUAUAGAAUGCGACCUGCUUUGCCUCAUUCCGUACUGAUCAUCCCAGCUGAACAAUUUGAAAACUGUUCUGCCUUUUUGUUACAUGAAUCUGUCAGAAAUAUAUUUUUAAUUUAAUAUAAAUGAAAUUCAAUAAAAUAUGAAACAAAUGCUC